UUUACCCACGUGACUGCUUAUCAGAUGUUCUUUUCUUGUAGGAAUGAACUUGAGCUGAUGGCCACAGAUGUUAAUAUUAUGGCAGUUUUAUAGCACCCAAUGUAAUGUUUGAGAAAACAGAUGACACGUGGAGUCCUGACUGAAUUACUCUGGAAAUUACUCUGACUACGAGAACAAAAUUCUCCAAACUUUCCUGUUUCAGAAGCUAACAAUGUUGUUCACUGCCCUGCGCUGGGUGGUACUGGUGGCCUUCAUCGCACUGACCAUUUGUGGAAAUGUGCUGGUUUGUUUGGCUGUGGCCACCAGUCGGCGUCUGCACCAGAUUAGUAGCUGUUUUAUACUCUCACUGGCUGUGACAGAUUUGCUUCUGGGUUUGCUGGUACUUCCGCUAACUGCCAUGCUGGAAUUACGCAAUGGGAGAUGGCCCCUUGGGGGUGUUUUUUGCAAUAUCUACAUCUCUCUGGAUGUGAUGCUUUGCAGUGCUUCAAUCCUCACCCUACUGGCCAUUAGUGUUGAUCGUUACCUUGCCAUUUCUAACCCUCUCUGCUAUCCCAGGAGGGUCACACCUCGUCGGGUGGGGAUCACUCUGACUGUGAUCUGGACGUGCUCUCUGGCUGUGUCCUUUGUGUCUAUUAACCUAGGCUGGAACACACCUGACUUCAGAGUACAGAACCUGGACUGGGACAUGUGGAAUGAAGGAGAGGAAGGCAGGACCUGCCGCUAUGAAUGGAAUAAUAAUUAUGUCCUGCUGAAAGCCUUUCUAGUCUUCUACCUCCCUCUACUGGUCAUGUGUGGAAUGUACCAUCGUAUAUACUGUGUUGCACGUGAACAGGUGCGGCGUAUACGUGCAUCCACUCCUUCCUUUGCGCGGGCUGCAAACACAGUUGCCACUGCACGGGAACACAAAGCCACAGUGACCCUGGCCGCAUUGCUGGGUGCCUUUGUCAUUUGUUGGUUUCCCUAUUUCACCUACUCCACAUGCAUGGGUAUGUGGGCAGAGAGCCAUCCAAACAAACUAACCCACUCUGUUGUUCUUUGGUUGGGAUACCUCAACUCUGCUCUGAAUCCUAUUCUUUAUCCAGCCUUAAACCGGGAUUUCCGUCGGGCAUGUGGACAGCUGCUCUGCUGUAGACGCGUGCAAUCAGGGGGAACUACUGUUUGUCCACCCCUUUUAAAGAUUCAUAACUUUUGCACCAAUAAUAAAAACUCACCUGGACUCAAUAACAAUAUCAGACUCAACAAUAUACAAAUGUAACUUAAAAUGCCAAAAUGUAUCACGGGUCAAAAAUACAUAAUACUUUUCUGAUAAUGUUCAGGACAUGCCAUUUCAUUAACCUAUUGAAUCUAUGGCUAUGUCGUUUUAUAUGAUGCCUGAAAAGUAUGUAAGAAGAUUCUAAGUAAGAAUGUAAAUCCAUCAGCUUUCAGUUUGAGAAUGUCCUUGUUAUAAUAAUGUGAUCUAUAGAGUAUGAUCAAAUGGUUGCUGCUCAUUUAAAGGAUCUCUGGUAAUGUACAUUUUUCAUAUAACAAGAAAACUGUAAGAAUUUGUAAACCACUUUAGGGUUAUUAUUACAUAUUACAUUUCUUGGAAAAAGAAAGAAGGUAAAGUGGAGAAGCCAUGUUUGGACUAUUUUAAAAAAGUACAUUUUAAAAUCAGAUAAAAAUAUUUAAUUUGGUGCAGCCCUAUUAAAAAAAAAAAAAAAAA